ACUGGUUUGAUUUCUCCGUCAUUCGAAAAACGUGUUCCAAAUAGAAAAUUAGGUUUAUCAAUCUAAAUUUUAUACAUAAUAUAAAAUUACUCUUUCGUAGCUGGUCUACUUGUUCUUCACGGCAAUUAAAAUUUAGCUAAUUUUAUUUUAGUGUCAUAAAGUGUUUGCUUCAUAUACUCCGCCAUAAAGAUACGGAAAAACCGUUUGAAGGUUAGAAACAAAUUAUUAUUAACAUCUGAACAGAAACAAACAAUUUAGCCUCACGCAUUAAUGACAUAAAAUGAAAAUUUUUUCGUAAACAAAAAUUGUUAAUCAUUACAUUGAUUGACAUCUCCAAAUAAAAAUGGGGAGGAGCUCGCAUAAUGACGACGGUAUGACGGUUGAUUCGAAGAACGAGAAAAAGUUGAAAAAGAAAAAGAGGAAAUCAGUGGCUGAUGAAAACGACGAGGAAUUAGUUAGUAAUCCUGAGGUGAAAGUGAAGAAAUCAAAGCGAAAAAAGUCAAAGGAAACUGAACCUGUAGACGAGGACGUACCGAGGAAAGCCAAGAAGGCAAAAAAGGAUAAAUCAAAUGACACAGAGAAAGCAGAGGAAGGGGUUGAAGAGGAAGCACCUUCCAAAAGUAAGAAGCCCUCCAACAGACAAUUGAAAAGGGAAAGGAAAGAAGCAAGGGAGGCAGAGAAAAAAGAUGCCAGUAAAGUUGAAGCUAUGAACAAAUCUCUCGAGUAUAUUUCAACGUGGAAACAUGCAAAGAAUAACUGGAAAUUUGAAAAGCUCAAACAAAUCUGGCUGAUGGACCACUUAUUAGAUGACACGUUAGUUCCGGAGGAAAUGUUCCCCACUGUGCUAGAAUAUUUCGAAGGCUGCAAAGGGAUGGCUCGAGAAUUACUCCUAAAGAAAGGUAUGGACGUGAUAAAAAAAUAUGAACGUCAGCAGGAGGCCUCUGACGAAGUUGAUGAGACUGUGGAGUAUAAGAGAGCCAGGCAAUUACUUCAAGCUUUACCGACAGAAAAUUGAAUAAUCUCAAAUCCAGAAUAUUUUAUUUAAUAAAAAUUUCCAAAUUUUAA